CUUAAUGUAAACAGUUUUGGCGCCAUUUUGAAUCUCCAUAAAAUAAAUAUGUAAUCAAUUAAUUGUAAAUCAUAACAUAUCAAUUUAAAUAUAUUUAAGUAUAAUUAGACAAUGUAUAAAUAAAAUAACAAAAAUGGAGUGUAAAAGCAGUGUGAUUGUGACUUUGUCGUGUUUAAAUACAUUUUAUCGGAAAUUUAUUAUUUGGUUCGUAUAUGCGGGUGUUAUUUUGUUUUUAGUGCCAUCACCGCCAUCAGUAUUUUGUGAGCCAGAUUGGACACGUCAAUUGACCUAUGAUAAAAUAUACAACAACUCACAUUAUGCCCAAAUCAGGUAUAUAACGAAGCCAUACAAAAAUCAAGUCAAAACUAGCAGUAGCAACCGUAGUAACUACGAUGACACAGCCAAAGGGAACGAAAUAGAUUAUAGGAAAUUUUAUAAAGAUAAAGCGAAACUGCUUGUCGGCUUCGCGAGAGAUCCUUUCAGGUAUUCAGUGCCUCACGAGGAUUAUGCCAAGGGUGUGAGAUACGUGAAUCCUAAUUCGUAUAAAAUGGAUAAUCGGGGUAAACGUGGUGUUUUCCACUUGUAUAAUAUGAUACAGUGCGCCACUGGAUGUGAGCCUCUGUCGUAUAAGGGGUAUGGUUGUUACUGUGGAUUUCUUGGAACUGGAAGACCCACAGAUGGUAUAGACAGGUGUUGCAAGAUGCACGACCAGUGCUAUGAGAAUAUCUACUGCCCCUUCUUCACGGUAUACUUCCAGCCGUACUACUGGAAGUGCUACAGAGGAGAGCCACUCUGCGCUUUGGAGAACUAUCAGAGUCAGGACCAAUAUGUUAAUGGAUGCGCCGCGAGACUUUGUGAAUGCGACAGAUUAUUCGCGAUGUGCGUAAGAAGAUACUCUUGCCCGAGAGGGAGGUCGUUCUGUUACUCGUCACCUGUCAGACUGUUCCAGAAUUUACUAGCUUUCCGAUAGUUAGGUAUGCCGCUGACUUAAAUUGUGCAUUUUUCUGUCUUCAUCAUCAUCACAACCUAUAGGUGUUCUGAACAUAGGCUUCUCCAAUCGAUCUCCAUUGCGGCCGGUCCGUUGUCACCUGCAUCCAAAGUAAUCCAGCGAUUUUCACUACUUGAAUUACUAUAAUACUCUAUAUCUUCUAACAUACUCUUCAUAACAACAGUUUUUAAUAUACAAAAAUAGUACCAGGCUAUAGAACGAACUUGAAAGCAUAUUUUGUUAAUUCAAGAAAGAUUUCUAUUUCAUUGUCAUCUGAGAAAAAAUGUAAUAUGUUCAAAUUUUCAAGUCACUGCUACACGAAAUUCUGCAGAUACUGACAUACUACAUACUGGCGUAUAUGCUGGAAUGGUAAAUAGGAAAGAAAUAUAU